AUGAGGCUCAUGAGCGAAAGUGGGAAUCUUUCAAAAAAGAGCUUUCCGAUCGAUAUUGUUUACAGUAUUAGUAUGUUAGUAAAAAAGGGGGCAUACAAAAGGGUUCAUACAACCCGUUCAUACACAAGCCGUUACUUCGAUUCUGAUCUAUUCUAUACGCGUAUUCGUCAUACAACAUAUGCUUCUCCACAUCCGUUUUUGAUUCAAGCUGCCCAUGAUAUAGACCCGGGCUUCACCGUUCUGGAAAUCGUCUUAAUAAUCAUCGCUAUUUUCGAUCUUCUAAUUCGUUAUGUCUUCUCAUCGGUAAAAGGAUAUUCCAAAUUCCUUAUUACCUUGACCCUAAUUGAUAAGGAUGGUAAGGAUAUUACAUAUACUAUAUGUGAUGCAAUACCAUUGACUCCACUAGAUGGUAGCGCGUUCCUUCCUUAUAAGGAUAUCUUUUCCUAUAUCUAUAGGGCUGUUAUCCAAGUUUUUGAGACUUACAAAGGUGCUAUCAUUAGCAAAAUCGCCCUGCGUAUUUUUCUAACUGGUCAAAAUCUUGAAAAACAUCUCUCAAAAGAUGAAAUCAUAAAGAUACUUGAUACCCUUUUAGAGGAUCUUUCUCAUGAUGAUGAUGGCUACAAUUCAGACUGGGACGGUAGUGAGAAUGGCAACCAUGUUGGAAACAAGAACGAGAGCAAGAAGAGUCUUGGUCUUCUUUCGUUGGUUUUAAACGACAAAAGAGAUGUCAAACCCCCUGUUGCUAAACCUAUUUCGAAUAAGAAACGUACUUAUAAUAGCAAUAUAUCGCAAAUCAUUUCUUCCAAUCCUAAUCCUAAGGGUGUUACACCAUUUAUGGUGGCCGAUAUUGAGACAAUUCUUCAUAAGGAUGAUACGGGGAUGGAAGUGCAGACUCCAUACGCAGUAGGUUUACUGGUGGUUCUACCUGAAAAGGAAGUGGAUAAAGCGGAUAUUAUGACUUUCUAUAGCGAGGAUUUGCUUUACAAAGCAAUCUAUUCAUCCUUCAAAGAUAGGAGCGAGAAAAUCCUAUAUGAGAUGGUUAAACGGAUUGAUGUAGUAGCUACUACACAGUAUAAGACAGCUAAGUCUAUAUACUUCCAUAACUUAUCACGAUUCGAUGGAAUAAUCUUGCUUAAGCACUUAAUCUGUCAUCAUCCAUACUACAGCAUUCAACCUCUGAUUCGAAACCAUCGAAUUUACGAGAUCAAAGUCUACAAAAAGAUGCAACAAGAGGUGAAUGAAAAGAUGGUUGAUAAGAAAGGUGUUCUGUUAUUCUCCUUCAAAGAUUCGUUAAAUCUACUUCCUGGAAAACUGGCUACCCUGGCACAGAGCCUGUGUCCGGAUCUUGGGGCUAAAUAUGAUUUCGAUCAUGAGCAACUCAAAACUGUGGAAGAUAUCUCUCUUAGGGAAGAAGAAUUGCGUGAGUAUUUGAAGCAGGAUGUGCUUCUACUUGGAGGAGUUCUGAAAAAAGCUCAAGAGAUCAUCUUGAAUAUCUAUAAUGUGAACAUAAAUACAGUCUUGACCAUAUCAUCCCUAGCUAUGAGAAUCUUUCGUAUUCAAUACUAUGAUGCUUCGUCUUUUCCAAUCCACAUCCCAAACGUGAAUGAAGAUCAAUUCAUCAGGAAGGGCUACUACGGAGGUCAUGUUGAUGUCUAUAAACCAAGAGGUGAGAACUUGUACUACUAUGAUGUGAACUCUCUCUAUCCCUAUGUGAUGCAAGAAUACCCAAUGCCUGCUGGUAAACCAUACUGGAAUGGAGAUCUGAGGAAGAAAGAUUUAGACACCCUCUAUGGAUUUAUUGAGGCUUAUGUGAAAUGCCCGGAUUCUAUCAAAAAACCAUUUCUACCCUAUAGGGAAAAGGUUAAUGGAUCUCUCAUCUUUCCAACAGGAUACUUUGUCGGUGUUUACUAUAGCGAGGAGUUGAAAUAUGCUCGCGAUUUGGGCUACACCAUCUACCCUCUACGUGGCUAUCUCUUUAAGAAGACGGAAAGCCCUUUCAAGACCUUUGUCAACGAUCUAUAUAAUAGCAGGUUAGAGGCUAAGAAAGAUGGGAAUGAAGGAAUGUCUUAUGUUUACAAAAUCCUUAUGAAUUCACUUUACGGCAGAUUUGGUAUCAAUCCAAAAAUGACUAUUACCGAGAUCUGCAAUCAAGAUUGUUACAAUCAAUUAGUAAGAAAGGAUACUUUCAUAAAUGGGGACAAACUGUACGAAGAUACAUACGUAGCGAAUUUAAAGAAAGAUUUAUCAACAGAUAGUUGGGACCCGCCUAAGAAUGCUGCAGUCCAACUAGCAGCGGCUAUUACAGCAUGUGCAAGGAUCCAUAUGUAUCCAUAUAUAGCAAGAGAGGACUGCUACUACACAGACACAGACUCUAUAGUUCUUGGUAACCCACUCUCAGAUGAUAUGGUAUCUUCUUCAGUCUUAGGGAAAUUGAAGCUAGAAGAUCAAAUAGCGUGGGGGCUCUUUUUAGCACCUAAAACCUAUUGCUAUACUACAAUUGAUGGUAAAGAUGUACUAAAACACAAGGGUGCAGCAAAACAUUUUGUUGACAUUGAUUGGUAUGAAAACCAAUAUGCUAAUAGAAAGAACGAGAAAAGUGUACCGUAUUCGACUCCCUUUGGUGUUGAUUGGAAUCAACUUCGGAUUGUUAAGAAAACGUCACAUCUUGCGAUGAAUGUGGAUAUCGGUACCAAAAGGAAAGUGGUAUACAGUGAAAAUAAUGUUUGGUUGGAGACCACACCCUUUAAAGUGGAAAACUUAAAAGACUGCUCAAAUCAGGACUUGAGAUACAUUAUCAAGAAAAUCCAACAUGAGAAAGAUAAAGAAGAUGAGACUACUAACACUUCUUCAACUACGCCUACGGAUGGCAAGAAAGAGACAGAAAGCAGCAACGUUGAUGAUAGCACUUCUUCGCCAACCAGCUCUUCAACAACCAUUGAUGAUAGAACUUCGACUAAUGCACCUUAUAGCACUGUUGAGAACCCACGCUCUGGCAAUGAUAGUGAUGAAGACGGCUACGCCAGUGAUAGAAACGAACGCUCAGACUCACGCUCUGGCAAUGAUAGCAAUAACCAUAACAGCAACGAACGCUCAGGUGGCAACAACGUUGAUGAACGCUCAGACUCACGCUCUGGCUACGGCAGUUCACAUGAAAGCAAUGAUAAUAGCAAUAGCUCUGGGAGUGAUGAAGACGGUGACAAUAAGGAUGAAAUCCUACCGGAUAAAGAAGAUGAGACUACUAACACUUCUGAGAAGUCUUCUUCAACUACGCCUACGGAUGGCAACAAAGAGACAGAAGCAAGAACUGUUCGUUCAGAUGGCAAUGGCAGCUACUAUGAUAGCACUUCUUAUAGCACUGUUGACACUCAACAUACGGAUGACCAUGAUAGUGAACCAGAGAAUAGCUCCCCUGGCAACGAUAGCAAUAACAACAAUGAUAAUAGCUCUGGUAACGGCAAGGGAUGGUCCUUAGAGAAAGAAUAUGAUAACAAUUCUGGGAGUGACAAUAAGAGUUGUACCCCUCCUGAGAACCAUUCUUCAAGUGAUUCAGACAACAAUAACAAUAGGACUUCUUCGCCUACCACAACUAACAGUUCUUCAGGAUGGGAUGCACUUGUAAAAGAGAUGAAAAGAGAAAAAGAACAAAAAGAAAGAGAUACAACUUCUUCAACUAGCAGCACUUGUGAGCCUACUUCUACCUAUGCGCCUACUGCAAAUGAUUACACUACAGCGCGAAACGUAGAUGAUUAUUCUCAACGUGACACCAUAGGAGAAAAUGAAUUGAUUGAACACUAUGUUAUUAGAAUGGAGAACAAAGAUAGAGUGAAAGAGAUCUGGGAUCGCAAAGCAAGAGCAGAAGAAAUGCUGAGCAAACUCAAUUCAGACAAUGUAUACAACCCUAGAACAAGAAAUUAUUGGAAAGAUGAAAUCAGGUGUGUAAACCGGGCCUAUGCUAUCUUCAAGACCCAGAAGGACAUCAGGGAAGGUAAGACAACAGUAGAAGAUAUUACACUAUCCAACUGGUAUGCUGGGGAUUAUUCUGCGGAUAUUCCUUAUCCCUAUGAUCCAGACGUUAAGAUACUUCUUGACAAAUUCAAGGAUAAAGAAAAAGCACAACACGUAUGGCUAUGGAAAGAGAGAACCCAUAUGGAGCUAAAAAGAGAAGCUGAGAAGGGAGAUAAUGCUGACCAACGACUUUUGAUGUUGUACAAAUAUCGUAUAGCAUGUGUCAAGGUCGCUUACUCUAAAUACAUGGAUAGUCAACAAAUGGAUGGAGACGAAAGACUCGAAUCUUUAGCAGACUUCCUACCCUCUAAUGAUAGCUAUGAUUAUGAGAGCAAUGGCAGCUACUAUGAUAGCUAUGAUGUAGAGAGCAAUGGCAAGAAUGAUGAUUCUAGCUUAACUACAAGUGUAAACGAUACCACUACAAGCGAAGACAGAGUAACCAACGAUUACACUACAAGCUCGAGCAAUGACAGCUACUACGAUAGCUCUUCUUCCAUUGAUAUAAGUGCGCAGGAGCUGGAUAGAAGUUCAGAUAAGACUGAUGAUCAUACGCAAGAACAAAGAGAUAAUGCUCAUCUUUCAGAACCCUUUAAGCGCGACAAAGAGGUCGAGCAUCUUGAGAAGAAUCAAGAUGAUCCAUAG